UACUGAACACCAUGUCUGAGGCUGAAACACCAGCUGGUGUAAAGCCAACACCAUUGUCACAGCAGACGUAAUGACGAUGAUGCGUCUGCUGGUGUUUUUUUACCUGACAUUACGCGGUGUCUCCUCAGUCAAACACACUGGAUCACUUGCAUUCUGCCCAGCUGGAUUUUCCCCCAUAGGCGAUCAUUGCUUUAAGUUUGCAGGUUACGCCAGCCAUCGCAAUGCAAUUAAAAUGUGUCAAGUUAGCAACAGCGUUCUGUUUGAGAUCCCCUUUUGGAAAGAACAGAAGGAGAUGGAACAAUUUCUUAGAGAGAAAAAAAUAGAUAAUCCGGUUUGGCUUAAUGGCUACCUAAGUCGUCUGGCGUUUAGAGAUAGGAGCGUCAGCUUCUACUGGAAGUCGACGUAUCAUCCACAAGUCACCAAUUUUAAAGAAGAUCGUUGUCCAGACUUUGCUGGGCAAAUGAUGUGCGUCUUCAUCAACCCUAAGGAAGACUUUAUCUGGGACUGCGCCAGUUGUUUCUCGGAAUACAUCGCUGUCGUCUGCACGAAAAGACGCGGCAAGAAAACUCAGCCAAUCACUACCACAGUUGCCCCGGUUCCUGAUGUGAUUUUAUAGCCCGCGGCUGUCAAGUUCAUGCUAGCAAAGUUGACUCUUCCAAACUUGUCAGUUUUUGUUAAAAGACAGCGUAUAAAUACAUGCGUCACA